AUGGCUUCACCGUUCGGGGGCGCCUCAACGUGUGGCCUCAAGGCCGCCGCUCCUUCCGGAUUCGCGACCAGGAAGCAGCUCUCCCUCGUUUCGCCCCCGUUGGUCUCGCUGCCCAAGAGGGUCAGGCCAGGGAGAAAGUGCGGUGUCCGAGUGAACGCUGCAAAGGAGCUGUAUUUCAACAAGGACGGGUCGGCUAUAAAGAAGCUGCAAACUGGAGUCAAUAAGCUUGCUGAUCUGGUUGGAGUUACUCUUGGCCCAAAAGGGCGGAAUGUCGUCCUUGAGAGCAAAUACGGGUCUCCUAGAAUUGUCAAUGAUGGCGUCACGGUGGCAAAAGAGGUUGAGCUGGAGGACCCUGUUGAAAAUAUUGGAGCUAAAUUGGUCAGGCAAGCUGCUGCUAAGACCAAUGAUUUGGCUGGUGAUGGAACUACCACUUCUGCCAUCCUUGCUCAAGGAAUGAUUGCUGAGGGUGUUAAGAUUGUAGCUGCCGGUGCUAAUCCAGUACAGAUUGCCCGUGGUAUUGAGAAAACAACCAAAGCACUAGUCGGUGAGCUCCGAAAGAUGUCCAAGGAGGUUGAAGAUAGCGAACUUGCUGAUGUUGCUGCAGUAAGCGCUGGAAAUAACUACGAAAUUGGCAACAUGAUAGCUGAUGCUAUGAGCAAGAUUGGGCGACAGGGGGUGGUUACACUUGAAGAAGGGAAGAGUGCCGAAAACAACCUCUAUGUGGUUGAAGGGAUGCAAUUCGACCGCGGCUAUAUUUCUCCCUACUUUGUAACCGACAGUGAAAAAAUGUCAGUGGAGUAUGAGAAUUGCAAGCUGCUUCUUGUGGACAAGAAAAUUAACAACGCCAGAGAUCUCAUCACUCUUCUGGAGGACGCUAUUAAGGGUGGAUAUCCAAUUUUAAUAAUCGCAGAGGAUAUUGAGCAGGAAGCUCUUGCAACUCUUGUGGUCAAUAGGCUUAGAGGUGAACUGAAGAUUGCUGCUAUUAAAGCCCCUGGUUUUGGAGAGCGCAAGAGUCAAUACCUGGAUGAUAUCGCUACUCUGACAGGAGGCACUGUCAUCAGAGAAGAAAUCGGACUGUCCCUGGACAAAGCAGACAAAGAAGUUCUUGGAAAUGCCGCCAAGGUUGUAAUUACUAAGGAUUCGACAACAAUUGUUGGAGAUGGUACUACACAGGAGGAAGUAACCAAAAGGGUUACACAAAUCAAGAACCAAAUUGAGGCUUCUGAACAGGAAUACGAAAAAGAAAAGCUAAACGAGAGGAUAGCUAAACUAUCCGGUGGCGUUGCUGUCAUUCAGGUAGGAGCACAGACUGAAACUGAGCUUAAGGAAAAGAAACUGAGGGUUGAAGACGCACUGAAUGCAACAAAGGCCGCUGUGGAGGAAGGUAUUGUUGUCGGUGGUGGUUGUACCCUUCUAAGGCUUGCAUCAAAAGUUGAUGCCAUUAAAGAAACCCUUGAGAAUGAUGAACAGAAGGUCGGUGCUGAAAUUGUGAGGAAAUCCUUGAGCUAUCCUCUUAAACUGAUUGCGAAAAAUGCUGGUGUCAAUGGCAGUGUGGUCACUGAGAAGGUCCUUGUGAACGACAACUUCAGGUACGGCUACAAUGCCGCUACAGGGAAUUAUGAGGAUUUGAUGGCUGCUGGUAUUAUUGAUCCCACCAAGGUUGUGAGGUGCUGCCUGGAGCAUGCCGCAUCGGUGGCGAAAACAUUCAUCACCUCGGACGCCGUCGUGGUCGACAUCAAGGAAUCUGAGAAGGCGCCUGCCGCAAACCCAAUGGCCGGUUCAGGUCCCUUGGGCAGCAUGCUGCGUUGUCGGAGGUUAUACUUUGAGCAAAGAAGCGUGGGUGCUAUUGUGUCGCGGGUCGAAGCCGGAAACUAA